CGCGCUUCGUUCCUUUCUCGAGGGGACUGCAGGAGGAGGAGGAGCAGGGGGACAAGGAGGAAGUGCGUGGGAAAGGAGUAGGAGAAGAGGAAGAAGGGAGGAAUUUGGGAUUAGCGUCGCAAUUCCAGGAGGCAGAGGUGGUAGAAACCCUAACAUUUGUUCCUUGCUUUUAUUUUUUUCUGAAAAGGAGGAGAAGAAAGGAGAGAAGAGAAAGGGAAGAAGAGAAGAGAGGAAGAGGCAAGGGUAAGUGGAAGGAUGGGGAAGAAGAAGAAGAGGGUGGAGAAGGUGUGGUGUUACUACUGCGAUCGCGAGUUUGAGGACGAGAAGAUUCUGGUGCAGCACCAGAAGGCGAGGCAUUUCAAGUGUCAUGUGUGCCACAAGAAGCUCUCGACCGCCGGAGGGAUGGCGAUCCACGUCCUGCAAGUCCAUAAGGAAACGGUCACCAAGGUCCCCAACGCUAAGCCAGGCAGAGAAUCAACAGAAAUAGAAAUCUAUGGCAUGCAAGGAAUCCCUGCUGAUGUUCUAGCAGCCCACUAUGGUGAUCAAGAUGAAGAACUUCAAACAAAGGUGGCAAAGGUUGAAGUUCCUACUCCUGGAUUAGUCAGUAAUCUGAUGCCUGGGGCAGUAGGUGUUGGAUUGCCUCCACAACCAGCUUAUGCUGUAGGCUUGCCAAACUACAAUCCUGCAUCAGCAACAUUACCACCUCCAGGUUGGUCUGGUACUGUACGCGCAGAACCUUGGUUUACACAAGCUCCAGCAGUGUCUUUGCCUGCUGUCAUUUCUGUUUCUCCAGCACAGGUCCAACCCUUGUUUCCAAUACAGAAUGUUCGACCUCCACUUCCAGCAACAACUGCUCCAUCAUUUCAACCGCCAUUCCCUAUCAGCCCACCUGGUCUCCCUGCAACUGCUCCACCCAUUUCUCAACCACUGUUUCCAAUAACUUCUACUAACAGUAUCCAAAGCUUGCCAUUUGCAACACCUGUAGCUCCUGUGGUUCCGUCAAGCUCUCCCACUGAAGGGAAGAUCUCUGCAGUUGCAAACUACACUUCUAGUCCGUCCAUGGGAAGUAGUUACACUGCUCCUAAUGUCCAAGGUGGUAUUUCUUCCUCAAAUUCACACAUGUAUGCGUCAGGUCCGAAUACUGGUGGUCCUUCAAUUGGUCCGCCACCUGUGAUAUCUAACAAAGUUCCAGCUUCUCAACCUGCCACUAACGAGGUCUACCUAGUUUGGGAUGAUGAGGCAAUGUCAAUGGAGGAAAGAAGAAUGUCCUUACCAAAGUAUCAGGUGCAUGAUGAGACAACACAGAUGAACUCCAUAGAUGCAGCUAUUGAUAAAAGGAUAUUGGAAAGCAAACUUGCUGGGCGAAUGGCAUUUGAGAAUGUGAGAAUGUGAGGUGUCACAGGGAAAGAAUCUUGGCAUAAAGAUCCCGUCCAUGAUAUCCUGUCAUUUUUGGAGUCAUCCAUUCACAUAAGUAGGAGAUAUUGUCCAAUGCUUCUUGUAUACAAUGACAAAGAUCCAUUCUUUCUAGUGGUAUUCUAUGAAUCAAACUUUGUAAUGUAUCGUCUUUUGCUCAUUGACUUAA